GAUGGAUUACCUGGUCGGGAAGAGCCUGCAUACAAUGGAGGGGAAGGUCAUCUACAACUUCCUGGAGUGGGGCGCCGGCGGAGACGGAGGCCGGCGAGGCCUCAUUCUUCUCGGUCUCUCCAACACCGUCGACCUGCCCGAGCGAGUUAUGCAGCCCCGCGUCCAGUCCCGCCUCUCCCUCCGGCGCGUCCGCUUUGAGCCCUACUCGCACCUCCAGGUGGCGAGCAUCCUCAGGACAAGACUGGGAGGCCUGGUGCCGCAGGUGAUCGACGACCAGUGCAUCCAAAUGUGCAGUCGCAAGGUCGCGAACGUGUCGGGGGACCUGCGCAAGGCCUUCCAGGUCUGUCGGUACGCCAUCGACCUCAAACGCCGCUUCCUCUCCUCUCCCUCUGUCCGCCCUUCAAGCCUCGCUGCUCUCGAGGAGACAGGGGAGGGUGGCGCCCCCGCUUCUUCCCCCGGCGCCGACAGGAAGGAGGUCGAAGAGAGGAAGCCCUUGGUGGAUAUAGCUCUCAUCAAUCAGGCGGCACGCGAGUUGCAGGAGAAGCCGAUUUUUAGGGCGGUGCAAGAGGGCUUGACUGACGCGCAGGUUUUAGUGCUCAUCGUCAUUAUCCGCAGCACUGUAGAAAGCGGGAGGAUGGAAGCGGCCAUGCCUGACGUAUAUCGACGGUGGCGUACAGCACUCUCCAAACUGGAAAUUCACCCGUCCUCCCUCACUCCCUCCUACGGAGAAGCGCUCGAAAUCGCCCAACGCCUAGCCCUGGACGGCUUUCUGAGCCUGAGUAAGACCAGACAAUCCUGGGCGCCCUUUCUGACUUUGGAGCUUCAGUCUGCUGAUGUGGCAGAAGCUGUACGCAAAGGGCGUUCGCGCCAAAUUUACGAGUUACUGCCCAAGGAACUGCGCGAAUGGAAUCGAUGA